AUGGCAAGUGAUCAUGCCAUGAGCACGUGCGAGUUGCGAGUUACCGAUCGUGCUUCGCCCGAAGGCUACGGCAAUGAUGCAGAUCGCGUGGAGUUCCGGUUCAGGGAUGCCAACAACCGGAUCGAACUGAAGUGCGGGCGGACUUCGGUUCCGGGGACGUGGCUCACGGUCAGUCAUAUCUCUGGCCCCUCGUUGAUCAACACGAUCCAGCAGUGCCGUGGUCAGCGCGCUCGCGUUGAAGGGCCGGACCACGUGCAGCAGUUCGCCCAGCUCUCGGCGGUGAUCGCGCCAUGGUACAACGAUGCCACCACGAACGAGGGGGGCACGGUCGGCACCUUCACGGACCAGUUCCCGGUCGACGAGGGUAACUUCCACAUCCGCGCCCGCUCGAAGCUUCGGGAGGCUCUGGCUCACCGUUCGCACGAUGAGGGGACGGAGCUCACUGCUCAGCGUGGUCCGCCAGCUCUCAUGGAAGAGGCGGCUCGACAUGCCGUAGUUCGGCAGCUGGGAUCUUCGACUACCUCGGCUCUGACGAAUAUGCCGACGUCUGCUCAGCAGACCUAUGAUCAACGAGAGCCGCCAACCGAUCGGGUCGGAGAGUACAUCGAGGAGGCAAGAGAUCGCCUGAGGGCAGACAUGCGCUUCUCGCGCACGUCGGCGGCGAUCACCCCGCAGGUUUUCACGGAUGUCCUUCGCGAUCGUGAAGAUGCGGAUUUCCAGAGGUACUCUACCAUUCGGGUGGAGGAGACGGGACUAGCUCCCGGCGAGCAGCUCGACUCCUACGACGGCUCCGCAGUCUUUCUCCCCUGCCUAUCCGCCUGCUCGCAACAUCACCGGGCCGUACCAGAUGGCCAGAUCGGGGCGAGAGGGCGAGGAGUGAAAGCGCUCGACGCCUCCUCUCCGGAU